GAAUUCCGGUAAAACGAAUCGACGGAGACCAGAACCUGAAGGAAGCCAAACGAGCUCUUACCGCAACAAGAAAAAGGGAAUCCCAAAGCAUUAUCUUGAAGGAUUGCCUUAUUAUUCCCACGACAUUUCUUGUGGAUUUUUUUUGCUUCGUAUUCAAAUCGACAUUAUGCUGAACACGGUGGACUUCAGCGCUCUGGAUCUGCUUUGCGCUCAAACGUUUUCUCUGGAGGGACAAUCUUCCCCUCAGAAUCAACCUGAUGCUGCUCUCGGUCUGUUGAAGCCUAAAGCAGAGCCGCUGGACGCCGGUUUCCCCGAUUGUUCCAGCGACGGGUUCCCUCCGUCUCCGCAGGUCUACACCGGCAGCUUCUACACGGAGACCGGCCCGUACAGCGCGGACGCGCUUCUCAACCUCCUCACGGAGAUCGUCGGCAUCUCCACAGCUCCCGAUUACCUCCCGGGAAUGUCUCGUGGGAGCACGCUCUCACGCCAGGAGUCGCUGUUUUCCACCGGGAGCUCGUUGGGAUCACCGGAAUCCCUCUGCAACGACUCGUCGGAUGAGUUCGCGGACGCGAGUGCGCAACAGUUCACGAUUAAGAGCGAGUUCGGGACGAGUUGCAACAGCGGGGAUCUUUUCGAUGGCUUCGUUACUUCUCACGAGCCUUCGGACCUGGAUGACAUCAUUGACCUGCUCUCUCCACUGGGUCCCGAGACGGACUUGAUUUUGGACACGUGGAUCAAGCAAGAGCCCUUGGAACAAGCAAGCGCGCUUAACUUUACACCGAACUUCCAGAUUCCCGCAACAGCAGCAACUUCCCAUGAAAACAGCCUUUAUAGGAGCAUCGCGUUCCCGGGAUUCGGCUGCGCAACGACCGCGCUCGCCGACGCGCUGGACUCGCUUCUCUCCACCAACACGCUCGCGCAAAGAAGCAAACCGCGCGCUAGGAAAGGCGCGCCCCGCGAGAAGCCGUUCUCCUGCCCGAUUGAGAACUGCGAGCGUCGCUUUUCCCGCUCCGAUGAGCUCAAUCGCCACGUGCGCAUUCACACCGGACACAAGCCCUUCCAGUGCCGCGUGUGCCUGCGUUGCUUCAGCCGCAGCGACCAUCUCACCACUCACAUGCGCACGCACACCGGAGAGAAGCCGUUCUCCUGCGACGUGUGCGGGCGACGCUUCGCGCGCAGCGACGAGAGGAAGCGGCACGGUCGCGUGCAUUUCAAACAGCGCGAGAGGAUGCAGCAGAAAACUGAGCUUCUCGCCGCGUGCGCGUUCGAGCUCCAGUGCGCGUGAGCGCCAGUUCCCUCUCAAUCGGUUCUGCCCGUUCUGGAAAGUUUAUGGCUCGAGCGCAACGCGGUUCAAUGCUAGAGACGCUGAGCUGGAGGAGGACGCGUCUGAAGCGGGGCGAGCGUCACACGCGAUGUGUUGAUGAUGAUGAUGAUGCGUGAGCCUGGCAUGCGG